AUGCUUCGCACAUCGUUGCGAGCGGUCUCAGACCCUCUUAAAGACUACAUUUGUCUCUCCUGUUUAGUUCGCCGAAAUGCCGCGCCAGGCACCUCACGCCAAUUCCAUCGCGCAUCCCCGCUACGCUUCACAUCAAGUGGACAAGGACCUUGGUUGAAUGGUCAACCUGCGCUGGCUAGUUCAACACAAAACUCCGACGCUGAUGGGGUGAAAACGGUCAAUUCUUCAUCAACGAGUCAAUCGGAAGGCGGCAAUGCGGAAUCAAAACAACCAAAGCAAAAACAAAAGCCGAAACAUCGAUCCGGCUCGCAGAGCAAACUCAAGGCACGACCACCGGCCAAGAAACCAAACAAAAGUAGCAAAGAUUCCAAUGGAGACGAGACGAAGAAAACUGGAGACGUGAAGAAGAAAACCGGGGAAGACAAGAAGAAAACUGGAGAAGAGACGAAGAAAAGCAAGAAAGUGAUCAAUAAAAUCUCACAAUUGGUUGAACAGUCUGAGAACCAGAGCCAGAAGAAUACUUUUAGAAAACUUCCACAUCUUGCGCCCUUCGUUAACAACAAGCUCACGGGCUCUUUGACCAUGAAAGAAAAAGUGCAGCCGCUUGAUGUUCCCCAGCCGCCCGUUCCUGGCCUGUCAUUUGGUCUUGACAGAGUUCUUUUCAACCCUGGAGUUUAUCAAUUACGAGACCCUCGAUCCCGCGUCUACAACUUCGAUCCCUACUUAGGUUCCAUCAUGCCGGUAACCGAAUUCGACUUUAACACCCUCAAAGAAUACAUCACCUCAUCUAAGGACAUGACACUUCGAGACAUUGCUAUCAAGGAAGGAAAAAAGUACGCCGGCUCUUCAUCUAGCAUGACAUCGGUUCUUUCGCAAUUCCACUACUUGCUUUCAGCUUGGAGAGGCAUCGACACUCGCAUGGUUUCCCAAGGCUUCCCCGACAAGCUGCGCACAUUCACUCGUUUGCUUCGAUCCCCGGCCGCCAUGUUCCUUCACUAUCAAGACGGUGCUUAUUCUAUUGAUGCCGAUAAGGAGUUUGACUCAGCCAAUAUCCUCAUGAACCUUGGCAAGUCGAUGGAGAAGUUGCUUACCAUGCCUAAAGAGGACUUUGAACGCUACCGUCGAACGCACGAAAAUAAAGUCACACCCGAGGAGGAAAGCGCAGUCCCUGAAUCUUACCAUUUCUCUACCAUGGGAGAUUUCAUUAUGCGCUCCCAACUUGAUGCGUAUGAUCCAAGGUUACCCGGCACUGGUAUGUUUGAUCUGAAGACCCGAGCUGUAGUUUCUAUUCGAAUGGAUGCACAAAAUUUCGAACGCGGACUCGGCUAUGAGAUCAAGGGACUCCAUGGCGAAUACGAAUCAUAUGAGCGUGAAUACUUCGAUAUGAUCCGGGCCGCAUUCUUGAAAUACUCUUUACAAGUGCGUAUUGGUCGCAUGGAUGGUAUCUUCGUUGCGUUCCAUAAUAUUGAACGUAUCUUCGGCUUUCAGUAUGUCAGUCUACCUGAGAUGGACCAGUCUCUGCACGGUCAAUCAGACACUGCCCUGGGAGAUGCCGAGUUUCAGCUCAGUCUGGGACUAUGGAACAAGGUCCUCGACAAGGUUACCGAGCGCUUCCCGAAGAAAUCCCUUCGUCUUCACUUCGAAACCCGAGACGCAGUAACACCCUUCAUGUACAUCUUCGCUGAGCCUGUCACCAAGGAGCAGAUAUCGUCCAUUCAAACCAAAAACAAAGACAAGGUUGAAGCUUACCAGCAGCGCAUUUUGAAUCUCCACCCGAAGACACCCGAAACCAGCGAAUCCAAUCUUGAUAAAACGUCAGAAACCGAAACCGCCACAACAACAAAGCCGGAGUCACAUACGACUUCUGAUCCUGUAUUUGACUCAGACGCUCCCUUGGAUGAUAAAUUGAGCAACACGGAAGGACCGGCGGAGGAAGAAACCGAACUUAUUGCCAUGGCCUUAACAAUUCAAAAUAAAGUCAACGGCAAGAUUGUUGAACGACCCGAGAAAUUAACCGAGAAUGAUGAAUGGGUCGUCGACUAUGAGUUGAGUGAGCUUUCCCCAACCCAGGGUCGCGCUCUGUAUAAUAUGUGCCAAACCCGUCGCCAGAAGUGUCUUGAUACCGGUGGCGAGGAUGAGGUCGAUUCUACAACCAACAUGUAUAUCCGGCGUCUGCAAGAAAUCAGUAAAAAAGGUCGGACUCACCGCGCCCAGGAAAAUGCGCUGGAUGAAGAGCAUGGUGUUGUGACGUAUGACACGUCGACAUAA